AUGAAGCGGUCAACGGAGGCGCCGAUGGACUUUGAGUACACGAACCGCCCGCAGACGACGCCUGUCUGGGCCACCCCCGCCAAACGCUCGCAUGCAGACCUCGCGCCGAGUACCCCGACCCCGUCAACGCCAACACGAUUCGGUUUCGGCGAAAACAAGAACGUGCCGUUCAUCUUCCAAUCCCCUCCCGCCCCACACUCCCCAACAGUGGACAUGGGCUGGGCCCCGCCGCCUAACUUCUCGCCGGAAAAGGCGUUCCCCGAGGUGCGGGACGUAGAUAUGCCCGAGGCCAGCCCGGGUGACGAGCGGAGGGUGGCAACGGGCGCGUUAAGGAGGGUCCAUCGGUCACGGAUGCAGGCGAAGGCCCAGGCUCAGGCGAUGGUGGAGACUGACUCUGACUCUGAGGACGGGGAGGAAGGGGACUAUAAAGGCUUACAACGGACGGGCUCAACGUCAAACCAUUAUACCGUCAACAUGGCUGCGCCCGCACCCCCACCGAGCGACGUGCCGUAUGUUUUGUUAGGCUACCUGCAAUUCUUCUUCAACCUCUCCCUUGUCCUGCUCUUUCUCUACCUCGUGCUUGCCUUCAUCUGGACCGUACAACGCGACGUGCAAGAGCGAAUCUCUGAGUACUCUCAAGACAUCAUCCAAGACAUCGCCCUCUGUCGGCGCCAACACACAAACAACCUCUGCGACACACCGCUGCCCGCGAUGGCAGCCCAAUGCGCGGCAUGGGCGACAUGUAUGGCACGUGACCCCGCCGUCGUCGGCCGCGCCCGUGUCGGUGCUGAGCUCAUCGCGGAGGUUGUCAACGGCUUUGUCGAGCCGAUCAGUUGGAAGACACUGGGCUUCACGCUGACGUCGCUCGCGUUCCUCACGCUGUUUGUCAACACGCUGCUUUCUUUGUACCGCGAGCGAGCAAAGCCUACGACUGCUGACAACAGGGCGGCAACACCCGGACCGGUGCCGGUGCCGAUGCACCUCCCACUGCCGCCAGCGACACCGUACCGCCACCCCGCGCAGGGCGGGUACCUCUCGCCCGCCCCAACACCUGCCUGGGGGCGCAAGUAUAAGCAAGAUUACGAUGCGGAGGAGGACGGGCUGGCAACUCCAACAAGGGCGCGCAGGAGAAGGAUAGAGGGCGGGGCGGCGGUCAAGGUGCGGUAG